CUGUUCAGUUGUUCUUAUCUACAUCCUAGAAUCAGAGGGUUUCAGCUCACUGCUCCUUUUCUUUCUUUUUUUUCUUUCUCUCCCCGCCCCCCAAAUAAUUGAUUUACUUUACAAUCAUCCACACUGUGUUUUGUGGAUCUUUAAAUAUAUAUAACAAUCGUAGUCAUUUAAAAAAUAUAUUCUGAAACCUUUCCAAAUUUUAAGAGAAGAGUCGAAGCUCUGCAAGACCCAAUAUUUGCCAAUAAGAAUGGUUAUGCCUUCUGGAAUCCUACAGUUGACCUGAAGCCAAGAAGAAAGGUCUGGUGAUGUAAGAAGUGGAGCCACUUAAAGUUACUUACAUGAUGAUAAUUAGCACCAUGGAGCCUCAGGUGUCAAAUGGCCCGACAUCCAAUACAAGCAAUGGACCCUCCACCAACAACAGAAACUGUCCUUCUCCUAUGCAGACAGGGGCAGCCACAGAUGACAGCAAAACCAACCUCAUCGUCAACUAUUUACCCCAAAAUAUGACCCAAGAAGAAUUCAGGAGUCUCUUUGGUAGCAUUGGUGAAAUAGAAUCCUGCAAACUCGUGAGAGACAAAAUUACAGGACAGAGUUUAGGGUAUGGAUUUGUUAACUAUAUUGAUCCAAAGGAUGCAGAGAAAGCCAUCAACACUUUAAAUGGACUCAGACUCCAGACCAAAACCAUAAAGGUCUCAUAUGCCCGUCCAAGCUCAGCUUCAAUCAGGGAUGCUAACCUCUAUGUUAGCGGCCUUCCCAAAACCAUGACCCAGAAGGAACUCGAGCAGCUUUUCUCACAAUAUGGUCGGAUCAUCACCUCACGAAUCCUGGUUGAUCAAGUCACAGGAGUGUCUAGAGGGGUGGGAUUCAUCCGCUUUGAUAAGAGGAUCGAAGCAGAAGAAGCCAUCAAAGGGCUGAAUGGCCAGAAGCCCAGUGGUGCUACAGAACCGAUUACUGUGAAGUUUGCCAACAACCCCAGCCAGAAGUCCAGCCAGGCCCUGCUUUCCCAGCUAUACCAGUCCCCCAACCGGCGCUACCCCGGCCCACUCCACCACCAGGCUCAGAGGUUCAGGCUGGACAAUUUGCUUAAUAUGGCCUAUGGCGUAAAGAGACUGAUGUCUGGACCAGUCCCCCCUUCUGCUUGUCCUCCCAGGUUCUCCCCAAUCACCAUUGACGGGAUGACGAGCCUUGUGGGAAUGAACAUCCCUGGUCACACAGGAACAGGCUGGUGUAUCUUCGUCUACAACCUGUCCCCUGAUUCUGACGAGAGUGUCCUCUGGCAGCUCUUUGGCCCCUUUGGCGCAGUGAACAACGUCAAGGUUAUCCGUGACUUCAAUACCAACAAGUGCAAGGGAUUUGGCUUUGUCACCAUGACCAACUACGAUGAGGCAGCCAUGGCCAUUGCCAGCCUCAACGGGUAUCGCCUGGGAGACAGAGUGUUGCAAGUUUCCUUUAAAACCAACAAAGCCCACAAGUCCUGAAUUUCCCAUCCUUACUUAUUAAAAUAUAUAUAUAAAUAUAUACGAACAAAACACACACAUGCACACACACUUACACAAAGAAAGAGAAACAAACUUUUCAAGGCUUAUAUUCAACCAUGGACUUUAUAAGCCAGUGUUGCCUAAGUAUUAAAAUAUUGGAUUAUCCUGAGGUGUACCAGGAAAGGAUUUUAUAAUGCUUAGAAAAAAAGAAAAAAUAAAUAAAAAAAUACCUUUGAUGCAUUGAAUGUUCUUUCAUAGCUGUCGUUGUUGAAUAUAAUAUACAUAGAUAGCAAUGUGCAGGGAUUUUUACCCAGCCAGCUAACUUUACUACCUUCCUUGAAGGUGGAUCUUUUUAAGAUGACCAUUCGCUCAUUUGAAGAAGAAAAACAAAAAACAAAAAAAAAUAAUAAAAACAAUUUUUACAAAGUAAUGGAAUUCAGAGAAAGAAAAAAGAUUUUUCUUUUUUGUCAAAAUGUUGAUCCAAUCAGAUUGGUUUAAGCCCCCACACAAAUUUAAGAGAAACAAUAAAAAUUGCAAAAAUGAAAAAAAACUUUUGCAAAUUUUUUUAUUUUCCCUUUUUUCUUUUAUAUCAUGUGAACUAAAACAGUCUUCUGUUAGGGGACAGGGGCAAGGGGGAUACCUGAUGACAUUAACAAUUUAAUAACAUUAACAUUGUUGCCAAAGAGGUGGUCUCUUUGCUGAAAAUGGGUUUCAAGAAAAAUCUAUUUUUAUAAAAUAUAAAGAAUUUUUACAAGAGAAUCUGGAUUUGAGAAAAAAAUAUUUUGACUGGCUAAUUUAGGGGAAAUUGACAACUUUGUCGCGUUCAUACUGCACUGGUAACUUUUUAGAGAUCAAGAUGUGUGUUUUAAACUGGAUUCGUAGACUGUUUUUUGAAGGAUGGGCUAUAAACAGAUGAUCUUCAUAUCUUUUCAUAGCAUGUAAUAAUAAUAAAAAAUAUUAAUUACUAGGGGAAAGGAGUGUUUGUUCUACCCAGGGUACCACAGUUCCCCACAGUCAAAACCCAAAAGCAAGGAGAUGAGUUGAAAGACAAUUUUUCUUUAAGUCAUCAGUAUGGGAUGUCAGCAGAACAAAAAUUAAAAAGAUUAAUUUUCUUUUUACUCUAAAACUUCCUUAGUUUGAGCAGUAGGUGCUACAAAAUUAUUUACAUAUCUUAGUAUCAUAGUUAAAUGUAAUGUGUUUAGGAGAGGAAAACAAAAGAUACAUUUGCUUUAAAUUAAUUAAGCAAUUUUCAGAUUCACUUUGUAGCCCAUACUGAUAGGAUUGGGCUGUGUUGGUACAUUUGAAACACUGUUUAUGUUGCUUGAAAACACUUAUUUAUUUAAUCGCCGAUGUGAUGAUGCCUAUGGCCGAGAUCAAAUAUAGCUAGAUUGGCUAGACUACUUAUUUGUUUACUUAAACUAUGGGAAGAAGCAUAUUAUUGUGUCAUUCUGUUGUGUGUGUAUGUGUAUAUAUAAUAUAAAUAUAUAUAUAUAUAAAGUUAUUUUUUCUUUGGGUUAAUUUAUUAUAAGUUGUAACACUUGGCUAGUUUUGUUUGUAUAUGUCUUAAAAUGUUUUCUUAUGAUAUUUAAGUGACAGUUAAAGAGGUAUCAAGGUAACUUGUGUAGAACUAUUGUUUGAUAUAUUGUCAUGUUUGUUGUGAAUAUUUUUUCUUACUGCACAGUAGAAAAAUAAAAGCAACUGGUCUUUAUUUUAAUGUAAUUCAGAUUGGGAAAAACAAAACAGAGCUAAGGGAACAAAAUGACUGCGGGAGCACUCUCCCAAGUCCAGUGCACUGAUCAUUUUAGUAUGUUUGUGCUUUGUACGGUUAUAUAUUUAAAACAAAAACAAAACAAAAAAAUACAAGAGUUCAUGCUCUUCCCUGGGUAAUAGAAACAGUUACUCGCUAUGCAUAAUCUAGUUGAUAGUUAAAUUUGCUAUUGCUUUUCUUGUCUUGUUAUAUAAAAUCUUUUCAAUACAAGUUUAGUCUUAAUGGUAAUAAAAUGUUAUGGUUAUUUAUAA